AUGCAUCUCAGCGAUUUACCAUUUGAAGUUUUAAGGAAAAUAGUUUCAUUGGCCGAAUAUAGCUUGUUCAAGCUACCUCCAUUAAAAAAAGCCUACCAGGUUACUUGCCAGUUAGGUAAAUAUCAGUAUUUUAAAAGUGUGUAUGAAGAUCUGGUAUAUAUCAAUGCUGGCAACAAACUUGACUCCAAGUUUUACACGAAAUAUAUAAUCAUCGACUUGAAAGACCUUAAACUUGUAAUUAAUCAUCAUUUGAAAUGCAAAUUUGGGAAGUGCUCUCAACUUUAUUCUUAUUAUGAUUCAGAAAUAACAACAUUUCUUACUGGUUACAAGUUGUUGAAGUACUGGACGGGGAAGUUUGAUAAAAUGCACUAUUUGCAGUUUCCAGAUAUCGGUUUUAUGCCAGGGUAUUCGAGACUUAAAAAAGCAGCUCUAAUUGAUCUUCCCUAUGGAGCAUAUAGAGAAGACCCAUAUCAAGGAAUAAAAAGAUUGAAUACGCAACUAUACUGGAAAUCAGAAUCUGAUUACGAUUUGGUCAGAAACUUGUAUAGUAUUACCAUUAGUUUAACUGUAGGUCAAUAUCUUCAGUUUACAAAGAAUAUGAGGGAUUUUAAAGGCGGGUUAAAGCUUUCACCUACCAUUUUACAUAUUUAUCUAAGAUUUGCACCUCAGAAUAUUGACGGGAAAAUCCACUCCAUUCCCUGGCCGUAUCCAAAAGCAUUUCCUAAAGCAUGGAUAGAUUAUUUGUUCGACUUUUCAAGGCUUCAAGUUUUUGCUUUGCGUUACUUUGCCCCAGAAACAACCUUGGUAUCUGUGCAUCGCCCUAUCUCCGCAAUACAAGAGCAAAGGCACAGAUCAAAGUAUGAAUGGAAUGCUACAAUCGCAUUAAGUAUCGUUAUCAUCGUGGUGUAUGGCAGGUAG